GGCUUGCCGUCCCUGACAACAGACAUCAGCUGGAAUGUAUUUGCGGAAGUUUCAGUUUAUUACCCAGAUGAGAUUGAAGUGACUUACCGCUGACAGACCUCUAUUAAACGCAAAGUAUGGACUUGAGUGCGGAAUCUGUUAAGAGAAUCCUCUCUAAGUAUAAAUUUCGUGAUGUUGCGAUCGAAGAGCUGCAGAAAGUGUCUCGCGUUCAUCCUGAUAUGAAAAUAAAAACUGGACCAUACACAUUUAGUGACAGUUCACAGAAAGAUUUGCUCAAACUGGUUGGAAACAUCCCAGUCGCAUACCAAGGGCACUCCUAUAACCUGCCCAUCCUUCUAUGGCUCUUGGAUUCCUUUCCCUUCACGCCGCCCAUCUGUUUCCUGCGACCCACUUCCAGCAUGGUGAUACGGGAGGGUAAACAUGUCGACUCGAAGGGUAGAAUACACCUGCCGAGCCUCCAUAACUGGGAUCACCCCAAGUCAACAGUCAACAGUCUUCUAGCAGAGAUGAUUGCUAGAUUUGAAGAGGAACCUCCACUGGGCACCAAAUCAUCCGGAUAUGGCGAAAACCCCAGCGAUUUACUGGCCUAUGUGUCUAAUCUCAAAGUGAAUGAAGGUGGAAAUCGGCAUGAUCAAGCAGUUAAAGUUUCUGUGAUUGGAGGGGGAGAUUUGGGAAUAGCUGCUGUGUUGAGUAUUAUGGCAAAAAGCUGUGUGGACAAGCUGGUUUUGAUUGACAUCCCGGAGAGUUCAACCAAAGGUGGCACAAUGGAUCUGGAGAUUUUCAAUUUGCCAAAGGUCGAAGUUUCAAAAGACCUGUCGGCCACUGCGGGUUCUAUGGUGGUGGUCAUCACAGCAAACGCCUGGAGUGAUGAGCAGUCAUAUGCAAGUGUAGUUCAGACUAAUGUGGACAUGUACCGAGGGAUCAUCCCUCAUCUUGCCCAGCUGAGUCCAAAAGCUGUGCUGCUCAUCGCCUCUCAACCGGUGGACAUUAUGACACAUGUUGCCUGGAGACAGAGUCAUCUGCUGCCCAGUCAAGUGAUUGGUGUGGGCUGUAAUCUGGACUCCGAGAGACUGUCUCACAUCAUCAAUAUUUCACUGGUGGCCAAUAACACCGGCAAACAGGCAUGGGUCAUAGGAGAACUCUCAGAAAACAAGGUGGCAGUGUGGGGUAAUCUGGGACCAGGGACUGACCAGCUACAGGCAUUAAUGCCAGUGUCCAACUCUACCAAACCUUUGAUGGAAAGGGGAUUAGAGAUGCUGAAGGGUAAAGGUCAGAGGUCAUGGUCAGUUGGGUUGUCCAUUGCUGACAUCACUCACAGUAUCAUAACAGACCAAAAGAAAAUACACUCCGUCACAACACUGGCAGAGGGAUGGGGUGGAAUUGGGUCCAAGGUGUUCCUAAGCUUGCCGUGCAUGCUUGGAGAAAACGGCUCAACACGAUUACCAGGAGUGGCUUUAGGUUCAGAGGACAAUGCCAAGCUGAGGGAGAGUACGGCCUCUCAGAUCAAUCUCUUUAUGCAAAUCAGAUUGUAGCUCCUGAAUGAAUAUUACAC